AUGGCGCGACCGCCGCAAAGACCUAUCAAGCGACUGCUCAUCGCGAACAGAGGAGAAAUAGCGACGCGAAUCAUAUCUUCAGCUCGCGAGCUUGACAUCGAGACAUAUGCGAUAUACGUAUCAGGCGAUGACUCUCAUGCUGUCCGAGCAAGUCAUGCUAUCGAGUUACCAUUAGCUUCAUCCUUCAUGAGCAUUGACGAUCUUGUAGGCAUCAUCAAAAAACACCAAAUCGAUGCUGUACAUCCAGGAUAUGGCUUUUUGUCGGAGUCUGAGGACUUUUCGAGGAGAGUUUGGGACGAAGCUGGAGCGAUAGUUGUCGGCCCCGGAUGGGGAAUCCUGAGCAGUACAGGAGAUAAACUCAAAGCGAGACUGCUUGCGGAGCAAUGUGGCGUUCCCGUGUCUCCGGCCCUUCAAGAACCCACUAAUGCAGUUGAAGAUGUCCAGCGCUUCGCGUCAGAAGUUGGCUUCCCAAUCAUGGUCAAAGCAGUAGACGGAGGUGGCGGGCGAGGCAUCCGUCUCAUUCGCAGCAAUGACCAGCUGCCUGCUUUGGUCAAAAGAGCAGUCGAAGAGAGUCCCUCUAAGCAAGUGUUUGCAGAGAGAGCCGCUGUGGAUGGCUUUCGGCAUAUCGAAGUUCAGAUCAUUGGAGACGGAACUGGAAACGUGACACACCUUUGGGAACGCGAAUGCAGCAUCCAAAGACGAUAUCAGAAGAUCAUUGAGCUGGCACCGAGUGUUGUGUCUGAUCGCAAGCAGGUCGCAAAGGUGAUCGAGGAUGCACUGAGAAUGGCUCGACAUAUACAAUACUUCUCACUUGGCACCUUUGAGUUCCUUACGAACCCAGUAACGAAGGAAUACUACUUUUUGGAAGUCAACCCACGGUUGCAGGUCGAGCAUACGAUCACCGAGUCCAUCUCCAUGACAGACGUCGUCAAGGCACAAUUGUUACUCGCGCAAGGUGCUUCACUGAGCGAGUGUGGCCUACCAACAGCCGAGCGAAAGCCAGAGACUCCGCCUCCUGCGCAUUCUAUCCAACUGCGCAUCACUGCGGAGAAUGUUCAGAGUGACUGGUCAUUAUCGAUUGGCAAAAUCACAUCAUUCCAGUUUCCUUCUGGUAACGGUGUUCGGGUUGAUACACACCUCAUCAGUGGUCGCCCUACUGUUGUAUCAGCAGAUUUCGAUAGUCUGGUCGCCAAGAUCAUCGUAACAGCAUCAUCGUGGAAGGAGGUUGUUCGCAAAGCGCAGAGAGCUUUAGAAGAUACGCAUAUCGCUGGAGUUAAGACAAAUAUCGACAUGCUGAAAGCCAUCGUUGCGCAUUCGGAUUUCCUGGACGGUCGAUGCGAUACGCAGUGGCUAGAAAGCAAACAGGAGGAACUGCUUCAAUCGAGCCAACGCAUCGCUGAAGCCCAUCGUAGCAUUCUCGGCCCAGACACCACGGCAUCUUCUUCAACGGCAUCAGUUUCGGCAGCCAACACUCUCUUCCGAAAAGGCGAUGCAUGGUCCAUAGCCAUCUCUUCUCCAGCCACGAAAGUGACUGAGAAACCACCACCCCACCAUCUCGAGCUCACACGCGUCCUACGAAACGAUUUCCCCACCUCCCUGAGUGCGGAGUUGCUCUUCACAACCCCCUCAAGCAUUUCCUCGGCCACACCUCAAACAACACCAUAUACUAUAACACUUUCCUCAACCUCUGCUAGCGCUUCAGCAGCAACGUCGCAUCAUAGACGUGGCAACCCAUCUGAUCCAUCACACAUCAGUAUCCCGUUCCCUGGAAAGCUCGUGGAGGUAUUGAUCGACGAAGGCGACUUAGUGAAAGAAGGAGACGUCAUCUGUGUAGUCCAGCAAAUGAAGAUGGAGUUGGAAGUACGCAGUCCACGGAGCGGUCGGGUAACAUGGGUGACAGAAGCAGAAGACGGGGAAGAUGUCGCGGAAGGCAUGUUGGCUGCUAUUAUCGAGACUGCGCAAGAGAACCGUCUUUGA